AUGACAGAGUACACGACUCUCUCUUUCUUUCAAUGUGUUCGGCCGUUUCUGAGUAAAGACAAAGGACUUCACUUCGAUAUUCACCCACACAGAUGCAGUGCUCUAUCUAAACCUCGCAUUCAAGAUUACACUCAGGUGUUUCAAAAUGGUCCGCCAGUGGUCAAGUGGCCUGAAUCAAUCGUUGAUGAUGACGACAUCGAAGCUGAAGCUCUGAAGAUCUCGGCAUCAAAUGGGAUUAAAGAACGGGUGGCUAUUAUUAAAUCCAUGUUGGAGUCAAUGGAGGAUGGAGAGAUCAGUGUGUCGGCGUACGAUACAGCUUGGGUUGGUUUAGUGCCGGACGUUAAUGGCAGCGGCGAGCCACAGUUCCCAUCCAGCCUUGUCUGGAUCGCAAACAACCAGCUCUCAGACGGAUCAUGGGGCGAUACCCAUAUCUUCUCCGCCCACGAUCGACUCAUCAAUACACUCGCAUGUGUCCUCGCUUUAAAAUCAUGGAAUCUUCAUCCCGACAAAUGUGAAAAAGGGAUGAAGUUUUUUAGAGAGAACCUGUACAAGAUUGAAGAUGAGAAUGACGAACAUAUGCCGAUUGGAUUCGAGGUGGCCUUUCCUUCUCUUCUUGAAAUUGCUCGAAGUUUAAACGUAGAGAUAGAAGAAGAUUCUCCCGUUCUGCAAAAGAUAUACGCCAUGAGGAAUCUGAAGCUGACAAGGAUACCGAGGGAUAUAAUGCAUAAUGUGCCCACAACACUACUCCAUAGUUUGGAAGGAAUGACAGACCUAGACUGGGAAAAGCUUCUGAAAUUACAGUCCUCAGAUGGUUCUUUCUUGUUCUCCCCAUCCUCCACUGCCUUCGCACUCAUGCAAACUAAAGAUCAGAAAUGCUUGACUUAUUUACAGAAGGCAGUCCAGAGAUUCAAUGGAGGAGUUCCCAACGUCUACCCGGUUGACAUGUUCGAACACAUCUGGGCUGUCGAUCGUUUGCAGCGCCUCGGAAUUUCAAGAUACUUCAAGCCCCAGAUCAAAGAAUGUAUUGAUUACGUCCAUAGAUACUGGGAUGAAAAUGGGAUCUGCUGGGCAAGGAACACUCCUGUUCAUGAUAUAGAUGACACGGCCAUGGGAUUCAGAUUAAUGAGAUUACAUGGCUACGACGUCUCUGCUGAUGUAUUUGAGAAUUUCAAGAAGGGGGAAGAGUUCUUCUGCUUCGCCGGGCAGUCGAACCAGGCGGUGACCGGAAUGUUUAACCUGUACAGAGCUUCUCAGGUGUCGUUCCCCGGAGAAAAAAUUCUCGAGGAUGCCAAGCAAUUUUCUUUCAGUUUCUUGAGAAACAAACAAGAAGCUAAUGAACUAUUGGAUAAAUGGAUCAUAACCAAGGAUUUACCAGGCGAGGUGGGGUUCGCUUUGGAGAUUCCAUGGUAUGCAAGCUUGGCGAGAGUGGAGACGAGGUUUUACAUUGAACAAUACGGUGGUGAAGACGACGUCUGGAUUGGCAAGACUCUCUACAGGAUGCCUUACGUGAACAACAAUGCAUACCUUGAACUUGCAAAGUUAGACUACAACAAUUGCCAAGCUAUUCACCAGAUGGAAUGGCGAGGGAUCCAAAAGUGGUUCGCGGAAUGCAAACUCGAGGAGUACGGUUCGAGCAGACGAAGCCUUCUACUGGCUUACUUCGUGGCAGCAGCCAGUACCUACGAGCCAGAAAGGUCAAGAGAGCGGCUUGCAUGGGCGAAGACACUGGUUUUGACCGACGCAAUCACCGCUUACUUCCACGACUUGGAUUCUACCGAGUCCGCGAGGAGAAACUUUCUCAAUGAAUUCAAAUUGGUUUCCGUGAACCCAUCACCUUACCUAAAUUUUGGAAGGAGAUCAUCAGACUCGAACAGAGGCGUGCAGAGACUGAUAGCGACGGUGAUUGGGACACUCAACCACAUCUCAUUGGACGCUCUUGUAGGGCAUGGCCGUGACGUUACCUACUACCUUCACCAAGCUUGGGAAAAUUGGCUGGUGAGAUGGCAAGAAGAAGGAGAUGGACACAAGGAAGAAGCAGAGUUGUUGGUUCAGAUUAUAAAUCUAAGCGCUGGCCAUUACGUGUCGGAGGAGUUACUGUCUCAUCCUCAAUAUAAACAGCUCUCCACCAUCACUAACCAGCUCUGCCAUAAGCUUGGUCGCUACAGAAGCCAAAAGGUCCAGGACUACUACUGCAGCUAUGAUAACAAUACAGACAUUGUCGAAAGAACAGUAAUAGAGCAUGAGAUGCAACAGCUUGUGCAAUUAGUACUUCAGAACUCAUCAGAUGACAUAGAUUCAGAUGUGAAGCAAACAUUCUUAUCAGUGGCAAAGUCAUUUUACUACUCAGCUUAUUGUGAUCUUGGGACUAUCAAUUAUCACAUUGCCAAAGUUCUCUUCGAGAAAGUCAAUUGA